AUGGAAAGCAUACCGGCUCGCCCGGGAUCCCCACUUCCCGAAUCGCCUUCGCAAUACAGUAGGGCGACCCAUCUGGUACCUACACGCCGCGCGCCAACUGCACCUCCGUCUGCCAGUCGUUCUCCGCCAUCUCUGGCUCGCACCAAGAGUUCUAUGAACCUUACCUCGAAUGCACGAUCCGCAUCAUCUUCACCUCGAGCUAUGAACAAGGAUGCUCGAGCGCCACCGCUAGCGCGGAGCAGAAGCAACACUGACCUCCCGUCACUCUUGGCCUCCGCAUCGCCUUCCGCAAGCGCACCUCGACCUCGCCCGGCACGUCACGAUAACGAGAACCUCCUUGCUGCUUUUCCCAAACCGCCACCACUUCCACGGCGCACGACGGUUCCGUUGAGCAUGGGUCCGAGUUCAUCGCGCCUGGCGCGCGAGAAGCCUUUAGAGCAUCAAGCGAAGCGCGUUACUGUCUCAACCACGUCUUCACCACGCUCUCCGCCACCGUCACGCGUUGCUCAGAUUGAAGAGGCAACUUUAGCUCCUUCACCUAUGAUCUGUCCUGCUCUACCCGUCGACCUCGUUCCCACUAGCCAACGAUUUUUACGGCGCUCCCCACCUCGCUCCCCGCGUGUUCUCCGGGAGCCCAAGCGAGGUAGCCCCUUGAAGCGUGGAUGGUCAGCCGAAGAUAUGCUCCGUGAGAUGGAACAAGAGGAAGAGAUUGAUCCACUGCGGGGGAAGGAGAAUUGGUUCAUGCAAGCCUUGCAAGAGUGCGCGGAGGAGGAGGAUGAGAAGGACUAUUUCGACUAUCUCGCAAGACCUGGAGCGUCCGCUCAAGGCGUGCCCUGCAACUGCGAUAGCGAUUCCGAUGAAGAGGAGGAUCCAUUCCAUUUUGACCGUAACGUCACGUACCGGCGCUGA